UCAGCCGAAACAGGUUAUCUCAUUGAUAAUAAUUCGUCCCAUUCAUGCAUUCUAGCUUUAUUGAUCUAAUCAUCUGACGUUUCUUUGAGAAAAUCUAGCGAGCGUUGAUGACCUACUCUACUAGCCCCAGUGUUUACAAAUUCGAGUGUAAAAUGUCUGAAUUUUCUUGCCACAGUUUUCCUAAAUUUCCCGAGGAAAAUACCCGUAAACAGUUCAAAGAUGUUUAGAAUUUCUCUGUUGACAUCACCAGACAGUAUACAGUCAAAUGAUCAAGGUAAACAGUGCAAGAAACUAAAAGUUUAAAGGCUCUGUAUUAUUUUAAGUUGGUUUGAGUUAUUUGUGAGCAGUGACCUAGGAAGUAGACUGUAAGUAGUUAUGGAUAGUAAUACAGGAGAUGAUAGAGAAAAUAGUGAAUCAACAUCAACAAAUAACACAAAAAAAGAGCGUAAUUUCCCUGCUCUUGAUUUAAAGGAUCAAGCAACGCUUUCAACAGACACUCAACCUGUUUUGGUGGUGCACAGCCCUAAAACACCGACAUUAUCGAGAAAACUUAAGGCAGUCAGUUUGGACAGCGAGCCCCAGCCACAAACAAAUACAUUAGAGGUAUCACGUGAUGUUUUUUCUAUGCCCAACACCCCCAAAAGACAGUUCAAGCAGAAACUAUCAUGCGAUUUCGACGACGGCGCACCCAAAAGCACACUAGCCCCGAGUUUCAGUUCGAACCUGAAAAAAUUCGCAUCGAACAACAGCAUUAGCGGCUCCCAAACACUGAAAACGCUACCGGAAAUCAAUGCCCUACAGGAUUUCUCCGAUUGCCCCACUCCGGAGCCCCAGAAAAUACGUGCCAAGGGACUUUUGGAACGCAGAGGUUCCAAUGCCAGUCUCACAAUAGAUUUAGGCUCUUCACAAAAUAUAACUGAAGUGAAGCCAGUGCCGUUGAGCAGGUUGAACACUGCGAAAAGCGUGUCUAAUUUGUAUUUGAGCUCGAUGAGCACUGCACAACAGUGUGUUUGCGUGAAGAAAUGUGAAGCUAAGGUUAACUCAGAUCGAAGAAAAUCACAGGAGGCUUGUGGGAAUUGUACAAUCUACGAAUCCGUUCCUAAGGUGAUGUCGUGUAAAGCUAGAUGCCAAAACUUGAAGCGUUGCAGUUGCUGUUCAAAGUCCAGAAGAAAAUCGCUGUCAAACGAGAAUCUUUAUGUACCGCCCUGUGGAUUUUGUGAAAACGAAAGUAAGGAAUCUUUGGAGCUAAGGAAUUGCAAAGGAAACAGUCGAAAGGCAGUGUUUCCCAGACAGCCCGACCUAGAAGCAUCUCAGCUUUUAUCAGAUGAUUUUAAGCUUCAUUUACAGAACAUCCAGUAUUUACAAACAGCGGGAAAUAUUUUAUCUAUACCAAAACUAAAACAAGUUUGUGAGAGAGUACCAAAACUACAUCAGGAAUUUUGGGAAGUACCACUUAAUUUGCAGGAAAAAUGUUACGUUUCUGGCAGUCAGAGCAAAAAUAGGUAUAAAGGGGUACUGCCAAAUGAACAUAGUAGGGUACCUUUACCAGUUGGGGGAUAUAUACAUGCAAAUUACAUAAAAGGUCCCGACUAUACUGAAACCGCAUAUAUCGCUACACAGGGUCCAUUGUCCAAUACCUGUACGGAUUUUUGGGAAAUGGUCUGGUAUUCACAGUGCAAAUGUAUCGUAAUGCUAACGGGCUUGGUGGAAAAAGGUCGAAACAAGUGCGAACUCUAUUUUCCACUAGGAAAAAAAUCAGACAGCGAAGAGAAGUCUUUUUUAUACGUCAAAACAGCGAAGGUCCGAGACAAAUUCACCUUCGAACAGAAAAACUACACAGAAUACGACACAGAAAUCUUCGAAUUCGAGGAGAAAAACCACGUGACUUUCGGCAAGUACCAUAUAAGUUACGUCACGCAAAGAGACCUAGACGAAUGUCAAAUUAGGCAUUUGGAACUUCGAAAAACGGACGCCAGUAUCGAACCGCGGUUAAUCUACCACUAUUGGUUCAAUAACUGGCCGGAUCACAAGAUGGCCAAUCCCGAACAAGUGCUAAAGAUGGCCGUUGACGUUUUGGAUGUCAUCGAAGGCAUUAAGAGCGAUUCUAACCUAACUAAACGAAACAAUGAUGAUGACGAGGAGGUUUUUAGUAUAAACGUUAGUAAAAAGGAACAAUCUUGUGUUAAUAAAGAAGCAGGAAACAGUAAAUUUGAUCUCACGUGUAAUAGUGACAGAAAAAACAAUAUUUCCCAAGGUAUUAGUACAAAUAAUGUAGUCAAAACUACUAACGAAAACAGUAGGUUUAGUUUUAAUGUAACUAGCGAAAAAAGUACGGUUAGUUUUUCUAAUACCGUAGACAUUCGACGCAGUAAAACAGAGUUUUUAUAUACCAGUACAAACGAAAGUAGUGUAGGUUUAAGUUCGCACAAACAAAGGAAAAAGGUAGUUAACGAAAACCUAACCAAAGAAUGUUCGGUUUCCACAACUGUCACAUGUCAGGAAGACCAAACUAACACAAAUAAGAGUCGGGAAGGUUCUAUAUCGGAUUUUAAUAAAGAAACUCUUUCAAAUCGGUGUAGCCUGGACUCGAAAUUAGGAAAUCUAAACAAAAUCAGCGAUUUUAAGAGUCAGUUUACUAGGCACGAACGAAAAAAAUCGGCAGAGCAUAUCAAACUGCCUGUGGUAGUUCACUGUAGUGCCGGAAUAGGUCGUACCGGGUGCUUUUUGGCGAUUUUAAACGGGAUUCAACAGUUAAAGAGUAAUAAUAACGUAGACGUGUUGGCUAUUUUGUGUUCUCUUAGGUUAAACCGGGGUGGUAUGGUACAGAACGCCGAGCAGUAUGAACUGAUUCAUCGGGUUUUGCGAUUGUACAGUGAGAGUAUAUAACAAAAAUCUGUUUGAAGUGGGAUAAUGAUGGUUCAAGGUCAAUCUGGAAAUUGUGUCAAAAAUAUGACACCAAUGUAUUAAGCCCCGCCUUACUAUAGGUGUAUUUUCCGCCGGUGUUGCCAUCAUUGGAGGAAAUCGUAAACAACCGGUAUAAUAUAUAAAUAGCGGCUAUAAGAAAUAGAAUUAUUA